AUGUCUCUGCUUCUCAGCCAGCCCCCGAAGCUCUGCUUUCGGAGACCUGUGUUGGCAAGAUCCGAAGGCUUGUCGUCUUCCCUGCUGGAAACCCGUCCUUGUAAAAUCAUAGGCGCUGAUCCUUGUGGAGAUGAUCUCGGAAAACUCGUCAUUCGAUAUUCUAAAGAAGUUAAAGAUACUUGUUUGGAGAAGAAGGUUCCUAUGGAGUUGAUGAGGGACAUGGGAACGAUCGGGUCGUGCCAUGGGUGGGUAGCUACUUUGAAAGACGACGGCAUUCUGCGUCUCCAAGACGAUCUAAACCCAUAUGCAUCGUAUACAGAUCCGAAACGCAUUUCUCUGCCUCCUCUUGUGACUCUGCCUCAUUGCCAAACCCAAGUUGUCACCAACGUCUCCAUGUCCACAUCUUCUCCGGAGGACCAAGACUGCGUCGUGGCUGUCAAGUUCUUGGGACCUCAACUAAGCCUUUGCAGACCAGCUCAGAGAAACCCCGAGUGGACCAACAUCAGAAUCGAAAACCCUAGCUUCUUCUCCUCCCAGGUCAUGUAUUCCAAGAUACAUGACAUGUUUCGCAUGCCUGGAGCCGGAGGCCACCUCAUGGGAUCAUGGAAUCUCUGCGAACACGGCAAGAGCAAGUCCAAGUUGCAGAUCUUGCGGUAUAAAAACCUUCCGAAGCUGACAAAGGCGAAACGAGACCUUCUGGAUACGUGCUACACAACGGAACACUUGGUGGAGUACUCAGCAACUUUUUGUGAAACUUUCUUGGUUAAGCUGUACAAGAAGACCGUCAGGAUCAGAAAGGGUAUAGUGAAAAUGAAAACAGUGCUUUUGAUGGUGUUCAGUCUGGACGAGCAAGGAAACGCUGUUUACACUCAGGGCAUCUGA